CAGGAAAUUUUGAGGGAGCUUAAUAUUCGGAGUUUAGAGGAGCUUUCAAACACCAAGGGGAUAGGAAAGAGUAAAGCAACUGCUCUUGUGGAAUAUCGUGAUAAUUUUGGACCAUUUAUUAGCAUUGAGGAACUCUUUCAAGUUAAAGGCUUUGGUGUGGCAUUUUUUAAAAGACUUGAAGAAGCUGGUGAAUUAGCACCAGUCAAGAAAAAGACUACCAAAGGACUCGAACAAAUCUGGAAUUUUUUGGAUUUGAAUAGGAGAGAGGUGAGCAUCGUACUGAAGCUAACAAUAUUGUGGCCAUUUGUCUUAUGAUGUGUGCAUCUUGUGUCUCUGGGCAACUUAAUUACAGUGUAAUAAUAAUAAUAUUAUUAGAUGAUGUGAAUUGCAAAAAAUACAGUUAUUUUAUUUUUUGCAAUUCACAUCAUCUUUUCAUUCCUUUCAUUGGUUAAGAUGAACUCAACAAAUUAGCCUGCUCCCAAUCAAUGAAUGGUUCUUCAUAGCUCAGUUGAUAGAGCAUGGUAGUGGUAACACAGAAGCCAUGGGUUCUGAUCCCAUUGAAGAUCUGAACGAACACUUUUUCCGGUUAAUUGGUAUUUUCCUGCUUGAAAUGCAAUAACAACUGUGAUGAUCAUGCCUUCUGUUAAAUUUUGUAUUUUCUGCAGUUCACUUCUACAUUUAAUUGCAGUGUUUUAAGGGAGCAGUGUCAAGCUAUUUGUUAUGCUCUUCAAAGCUUAAGUGGUCUUUGUGUCAAUUGAAUUUAAAAAAUAAAUCAGUUCAAUUUUGUACAUGUAUAUGUUGUAGUUAAUUUUUUAUCUCUGGUAAUUGUUGGUUUUCUUUUGUUUUUGGGUAUGGUAAUGUAUGCUAAUAAACUUGAAACAAAAGAAAAGCAAAAAUUACCUGAGAUAAAAAAUUAACUACAACGUGUAUAAAAGGCCUUUGAGAAAUUUUUAAGAGAAUCAUCUAUGUACGUCAUAAUUUUUUUCAUCAUUUUAGGUGAUAUCAGAAAUUGUUUCUAUAGACAUUGGGUUUCAGAAUGCUGCUUGGGUUCAUAUGGACAAAGACAAACAAAUAUUAGGCUGGUCAAGGGCUGAAAUUACCAAGCCAAAACCCUACAAUCCAGCUUUGUUUAAACCUUUGGUAAGCUUUUCCUUUCUUCUCAUUUACUUUUUUUAGUGAUUAAGUGUUUAUUUAUGUAUGUUUUACUCUUUUUCUCAUCCUACAUACACAUACAUUCCAUAGUAGUAGAAUGGUACAGAGCAGAGCAUAUUUUGCUGCCUGUCCUUGCCGGACGUAACAAUGCAGUAACACAGACAAAAAAAAAGUAGGAUGAUUUCUUCAGCUCAGCAACAAAAGUGGCUAAGAAAACAGCUCCAAAUUUCAUUCCCUUGCCAAACUCGACCUGCAGAAGUUGUAUCAUCUGAUUCACCUUUAUUGAACUCUGACGCGAUCAAAAGGGUGAUGCAAACAUCCUUUUUGCUUGAGUAUAUGUGGACAGAAAGGUGAUGAUAGGGCUCAUUGAUCAUUUGUCCCAUUUUGCUCUUGAAUGCCAUACUUUGACUGCAUACUACUGGUCUUCAUCAGGUGACGCUGUUCUAUCAAUUUAUUAUAACAAGUGACCGUCAUAAAGCAAAUUAAUGGGGAUGAGCUGUCUCAUACACAUAUCACAUUGAUCAAUAAUAUCUUUCAUUGUUAAUCAGUCAGAAUGAUCCAGAUAAUUGAAGCUUCUGUACAGUGCGUAUAUCAUUAUUCAAGCCAUCUGCUUGCUGUAAAUAUGACACAUCAACAAUAGUGGCUGGUGUGUUUUCCAGAUUUAACGUUUUGGACCACUUAUGUCAGGAAAAUUAGGGAUGGCGCUAUUAAGAGGUAGCUGCUGGUAAUUCAGUGGGUAAAAGAGAGCUUACGACUGGCUCAAAUUAGGCUGGAAGUUAAUGGCAUAAUUUGGAGUUUACGACUUAAAAAACUAUCAUAGUUGAUCUUGGGAGGUCUGAAAUUUGAGGAACGUAGCACCCAAUACACGCCAUUCAGCUCCAGAAAACAGGACGUAAACAACUCACAGAAAAUGCCUCUAUGGUAAUUAUUUGCUUGCUGUAAAAGGUGCAGCUGCUGGUAAUUCUAGGCUGGAAGUUAAUGGCAUAAUUUGGAGUUUACAAGUUGAGGGGAGGUCUGAAAUUUAGGACAGUAAUUUUGAAGGUGCAGCUAGGCAAAAAGCCAGCUUGACUAAUACAAUAAUAUUCAUUAUGUGUUUAUAGCCUAUUCUACUUUAAAUAUUGUCUCUUUUGUGUAUAUAUAUGUAUUUAUUUAAAUUUAUUUGUUUUUAGUUUUCUAAAUUUAUUUAUCUAUUUAUUUAUUUUUUGAGGGCCGUAGGUUAGAAAACUGUAAUAGGUUAUUGCGCUUCCCUCUUUAAAUAAAGUUAUUGUAUUGUAUUGUAUUGUAUGAGCCUGCUGAGCUUUCCCUUAGCUACAUCCCUGGAAAAUACAGAAAAAUACUUGAUUCUGACGAAAGUGGGCAACAGAGGUUCUCAGAGCUUGCAUUAAAAGAUUCAUUAUGGUUAACCUUUUAACCCUUUAAGCCCCAAUAUGCACAUACAAAUUCUCCAAACUGAUCUCCAUACAUUUCCUUUAAGAAUUAGUUGAGAGAAUUUGAUAAAAGAUUGAGGCAUUUUCUCUUUGUUGAUCAUUUUGUUAAUUCUCAUAACCAUUUGUUUUGACAAUCUAUGGAUAUCCUUAGGAGAAAAUUGAUGUUGAUCACUAUUGGGACUUAAAGGGUUAAGGGAAAAUUGAUGGGUGUUUCUCUUAAGAAAUACAGACAAUAAUUUAGAUCAGCAUGUUACAAAAUAGUCUGCUACACAGCCGUUUUUAGUGUCAUCACGCAACGCUCCUCCCCACUAAUGGGGAGGAGCGUUGCGUGAUGACACUAAAAACGGCUGUGUAGCAGACUACAUUACAAAAGGGAUAUUUGUAGAUGUUUGAAUCAGUAACAAAAAAGCAAGAAGAGCUGAAAUGUCUGGUUUAUUUAUUUCAUUUAAGGUUCAAGAUUUUGUUAACAGCAUUCCAAAAACAGAACUUUACGUUGUUGAAAUGCAAAGUCAUCGAAUCGGAAAACAAACUGCAGCCCUUCUUCCAUUUGCAGUGCACCUUCGGGUUUUUGAAGCCAUGCUAACUUGUUUACUACCUGGCCUAGUGAUACCUUUUGAUCCUUUGUAUACUUCAAAACAUUUUUGCCUUCCAAGUGGAACUGCCAAAAAGAGGGCAUCAGUGAAUUUGGUGGAGAGUUUGUUUGUGGACAGAACAAAAGAGGAGCCUUUUGAAGCACAAUGUGAACAGUUUCUAAAAGAACAGCAGGGAAUGGAAGGAAGUGAGGAUUUUGUUACAUCAUUCAUUGAAAGCCACCAAGCUAGUUUUGCUGGAAACAACACAAAGCCACUACUUCAGAUUUCUCCUAAGUUUAUUGACUAUUUUAAAUCCUGUCAUAAAAAGGAUGACCUUAGUGAUUGUCUCCUGCAAGCUCUUGCAUUUUUGGACAUAGUUGUUGAGGGCAGAAAAUGA